CGUAUUUCGCGGCCUGAUCCCGUCUACAUGAUCUACACGUUCUGCUGCCCUCUAUAAAUCGCAUGCACAAGGAUCAGAUCCAUGGAGAAGAUCAGUUGUGCUCGCCACCAUUUGUUAAUGCGCCGCAGGUUCGGGGUGAAGAUGAAUGCCAAGGCAGCCGCGCCCAUCUUGCUCCUCGUGCUCCUUGUUGGAUGCCACGCGUUCUCCGCACACGGUGAUGACGCCGAGGGAUCGGGCGGCGGUCGCCGUGAGCUAGGCGAGGGCGGCGGCAGCGGCAGCAAGGCUCAGGUCGCCGGGUUGUGCGUCGACAGCCCGUGCGACACGGACCCGAACCGGACGUGCUUCUGCUGCACGAGGCUGGCCAACGAGCCCUGCUACGACACGCUGAGGCAGUGCUUCAACGUCUGCCCCAACUGCAACUUCCCCGUCUGCCCGCCGCCGGCGGCCUCGGCGGGCCGGCGUACUCGGUUCGUGUUAGCUCCGGCGUCGGCGUGAUCUGUAUGCCGGCGAUGGUUAGCUAAUAAGGAUUAAUGUCGCGAUGCAUCCAGAAUGCAGAGAAUGGAAAAGCGUAUCAUGUCGUGUAAGCGUGGAGUUAAUUAUAAAUCGACAGCGUCUUCUUUUCGGUGAA